AUGGCGACAGCAGCGGCCCCAUGGCGCGAUGCCUUCACUUCGGACCUGGAAUCGAUGAAAUCGCCCACCUUCACACUGAGCUCUCUCCACAGGGCAUCGUCGCCGUCAUCCCCCCAGACGCCCCAGUUCCUCCCGAGAGCUCGCACAGUCGUCUACCGUGGCAUGUGGGCUUCGCUCCAGCCCAACAGCAAGAACAAGAACCCAGCCCCUCUCAACCCCAGCCACACGUAUGAAACCGACCUGCCGACCUGCACCACGGACGUGCGCAUGGAAAAAGUCGGCGAGAUGUUGGACUCGCAAGGCACCGGCAGAAGCAGCAGCGGCGGCGGCAAGGCGUCGGCGUCGGCGUCGGCGUCGUCCCGCGUUGGCGGCCCCAUCGAGGCAGUCUUCUGGGUCCCCGACCGUAUGACCCAGUGGCGCCUCAGGGGCCACGUCUGCAUGGUCGGCCCGGACAUCGACUCCGACCGCGACGUCUCCGUGAGGGAGCAUCUCGCGCCGUAUAUGCGCCCGGUGAGAGGCAACGUCGCGUCGUGGAGCUGGAGCAGAGAGCUCACGGCCCAUUUCGGGAACCUGAGCCCGCUGAUGAGAGGCUCCUUUCGAAACCCCCCUCCGGGCACACCGCUCUCUUCGCCGGCGGGCUGUUUCGACGGGCUCGGCCUGGGUCAGGAGGUCGACGACUUGGACGACGACGUGGCCAGGAAGAACUUCAGGGUCCUGAUCAUUGUGCCGGCCGAGGUGGACAAGGUCGACUUGUCCGACGCCAAGAAGGGACGACGGUGGAACUAUCUCCUCGAGAGGACUGUUGGCGGGGACGAGGUAUGGAAAGUGACCGAGCUUUGGCCGUGA